ACAAUAAUAAAUGUCACAUUAAAUUUUCUUCUAAAGAGAGAAAGAGAGAGAAACUUCUCAUAGCUCUGUUCAUAACAUCCACACAUACAUAAAGAAGAAAGAAGAAAGAAUUGAAGGAAGGAACAAGAGAGAAUAAUACUAAUAAUAAUGGAUGUGAGGAAGGUGGUGGUGGUGGUGGAAGAGGUGGAAGCAGCUAGAACUGCACUUCAAUGGGCACUUCACAACAUCAUUCGCUAUGGUGACAUAAUCACACUCCUCCAUCUCUACCCUUUCACUUCUUCUAAAUCUAAAUCCAAGUCUCGUCUUCUUAGACUCAAAGGAUUUCAUUUAGCACUUUCAUUCCAAGAUAUAUGUAACAAAUUCUCAAAUACAAAGGUUGAGAUUGUUGUGACGCAAGAGAACAAGGAAGGGAUGAAGAUUGUGGGAACUGUAAGAGACAUUGGAGCCUCAAUGCUUGUGGUUGGACUCCAUGAUCAGAGUUUUCUUUACAAAUUGGCAAUGGGGCAUAACAACAUAUCCAGGUACUUCAAUUGCAGAGUGAUUGCCAUAAAUCAGCCUCCAAUAAUGUCCCCACACACUCAUCAAAGUCCCAUGGUUUCAUCACUUGGUGUCUUAGACAGUUCAGCUAACAUGGAUUUCUCACUUAUUCACAUCUCUGGAUUGCAAGUUCCAGAUACCCCUCCACCGAAAGUGAAAUACCAGAUUUGCCCUGACCCGACUGCAAUUAUUUGGAGAUUAAAGAAGUCAACGAGAAGGUAAAAGUAGGAUGGUCAACAGUCAACACCUCUAUCUCUUCCUGGAAGCUGACUUAGUCAAUUUGUUACUAAAAUAUAUAUUAAGAAGGUUCUGCAAACAAUUGGAGUUCUGAAAUUUGGGCUACUCUUUUCUUUUAUUUUUUCUUUUUUACUCAAUCGUAGAUACAUAGAAAUGAAAAGUGCAAUUGGCACACAACAAAACAUAGUUUGGUUGUUUGUAUUGAAAAUUUUCUAAUUGUAUAAAGGAUCUUGUCGUAACAUUACCAAACAAAACAGUAUAUAAUGGAAGAAAA